AUGGCUACAAAGCAAAGAUUGACCGUGGCCUCGAUGUGUGGCUUCGAAGACAUCGGAGUCAAUUUGGAAGAAGAUCAUUGUGCCCCGUUCGUCAAGCUGGUGGCUAGUGUGAUUGAACAAGAGAAUGGGAAGCAUCUCCUGGAUAUGCCCCGGAUCCGUCAGUUGGAGAUACCCGCCACAAUCGAGCUUGAGGGACUAGAGCAGAACACCAGAUCGGCCCAGGAGGUACAUGAAGGAGACUUACUUAAUUAUGCUUCAGAUGAUCAGGUUCUGGGCAGCCGAUACUCUAGGUACUGGCUCUCGCCCAAGGGCGGUCUUGGAAUCUUCGCUGUCGGCUUUCUUGAUUUUCUGUCCGGUGUUGCAAAUGUGACCGGAACAGAGAUCUCGGUUGUUAGCAAUGAGAAAGGAAUCCUGGUCACAGGAAAAACUGCGGUCGAUGUGGAAGAUGCUUUGGCCAGACUGACGCGCCUCGAGGAGCCUCUGUCAUUAAUCCAUUGUCCUCGAGUUUCAAACGUGAUCAUUGCUCCCACAGAUGAUGAUGAUGUCCGCGUGCGUAUUCAAAACUACAACAGCUUGAAUACCCAGGCACUGCCUCGUAUCUUAGUCGACCACGAUCUUCCCUCCAACGCAAGCCUGUUUCAAGCACACGCAACCGUCCUCUUGCGGUUUAACGAAGUGACACAGUUGUUCAGUCUCCCUCAAGCCCACUGUGCACCCUCCCAUGUGGGGAACGAGCCAGGGGCCUCUCGCAUCUGGACAAACUUCACCUUCGCAAAUAUUGGCCGUAAGGAAGAUUAUAUUGGCGUGGAAGUGUCGAUUGACGAUGAUGGUUCAAACUCCCAGUUGACAUUCCACCCAUACUUGACAGCUGAGAAGGCCAAGCGAGUCAAAGAAUGGGUCAAAGAUGGCGCUGAGGCAGAAACGACUGGUCUAAAAGAGCCACCCUUCAGUGAAUUAGCUGUUGAUAUACCGGGACUCAAACUAUCAGAAGCAGCUCCCGCUUUGAGAAAACCGCCUGGAAUCAAGACUCGGAAGCCAGUCUUGCUCGCCAAAGAUUUGGCGGACACUAAGCACGCAAUUUCGAAAAGCCAGACUGGGUCUCUGAAUGUUCUAGCCAAUGAAAUCUCGGAUGCUCCAAAGACUCGGAGGAGGUGGAAUAUGGUUUAUGAAGCUCAAUCCAGCGGCGAUUCUGAUAAAGACUCGAAGGAGAAUCAGGAUCCCAAAGCUUCUAUGGAAAGUCCAGCUUCGUCGCCGGAGAAGAAUCCAGCACAGCAGCUAACAGGGUCAGCCAGUACUCCAGAGAGAAAAUCGCGUCUGCCAGCCACCUUUGAUCCAAGCAAGUACGGCUUAAAGAAGACGCCUACCAAAUCUCCGCGGCCUCUCAAGAUCAACGCUGGAAACAGACUGCCGCUCAUAUCUUCCCCAAAUGCGUCCAAGAAAUCAUCCAGCAAGAAUAGCCAACUUGUGGAUAUAUUUGGACCCAAGACUACUAUUCAGUCCAAUUCUCAUAUCUCCCUAUCCUUCGACCAGCCAGCUUUGGUACCAGGUACCUCUCAUCCAAGCGUCAUUGAGCGGAAUCCUGUAGACGAUGGCGCCAAAACGCAUGCAGGAAAUAUCAGGCGUGGCCUUGGCUCUUCUGAUUCCUUUCCAAGUAACAAUCCUUCCUCGGGAGAAUUUUUAAACCACGAACGAAGACUCGCUGCGUUGAAGAGAGAUGCAAAUAUGAAGAGACAUGCUGCAAGCCUGAACUACUAUUCAGACCCUCCUGUCCAUAUACAUGGCCCGUACCAUGCCAUGAUUAUGGAGAGAUUGGCUGAGCUGGAAGAAAUGGCUAGCAUGAAUCAAUCAAAGGAUAAAUCAUCUGCUAAAGAAGUUUCGGAGAAGGAAGGGGCGGACGAGACAGCGUCAAGGGAAUUCCACCAAACCAUGUUUCACCAAGCUGCAAAUCCAGGCGGCAAGACUGCGAGCAAGACUCAGAUAAAAGCUAAGAGGCAGGCCACUCUUGAAGAUGCUUGGGGUAUAACCCCAAAAGCAACGAGGAAGCUGUUGAUGCCACCCUCGGUUAAAAGAGAAGAAUUUGAGCGCAAAACACCUUUUGUGAAUACAAAGUCAAACGACGAAGAGCAGCAGCAGCAACCCAAAGAAGCAGAAAAUAUUGAAACCUCCCUGGUGGGAGUCUUUGAGGCUUUGAAGCCAGCUCUCGAAGCAGCCGAGCUCUAUCCUGGGCUUCUCACUUUAGAGGUUCAGCUUGGCCUCCUCUUAAUUCCUCUUUUGCCCAAAACUUAUAACAGUGAUACGCUCAUUACUGUCAGUGACUGGAAUAAGAUAUUCAAGCCUCGCAACAACCUCCCGGCUCCAUCGACGAGGUUCAUCAAUAGGCUGACUUCCUCGGGAACAGACAUCGACUACAUCGUCGAUCUCAAGACUUCUAAACUUGAAGGCAAGCGCCGUCUCUUUGAGCAAGAAUAUACGGACUACAGCGUUCUCUAUGAAUAUCACUGCCGCACUAAGCUCGAACAGUCCAUCAUCGUUGUGAUUGACGAAGACGGUAAAUUCCGCUUGAGAGGCCCGGCUGAAGCGCUGGGUGCCUCAAAUCUACAUUUUCCAAAUCAGGUCUGGGACGCUAGCAUUGUUCUUAACGGAUUCAAAGAGCCUACUUCGGAUCUAGAUGAAGAUGUCAUUAAAGCAAUUGAAAAACUUGCCGAAACAUUUUGCUUGCAAUCCGAUAAAUCUCUCAUCACGUUGUUCACCCGUAUCCCCAAAGGGAGCAGUUUGACAAUCGACAAAGUGUUCUUGAAAAGAUGGACUCGCCACCACUUUCUUCGAUCGAAUGAACCUUCUGCUGCCCACCCAAGCAAAGCGAGCAAUGCCAAUUCGUCUGCUAGCGCUUUUUCCGAAGAAGCAAACAGCUCCCAAAAGAGUGCUCUGACCGAAGGAGAUCAGAGAAGCAUCGGAGGCAUCAAGAUGGUCUCAGAGGAUCAGGAAAUAUUCCUUCAGGUUAUGGAGGUCCAGGAUCUUCUUGUCGGCUGCCAUAUCUCUGAUUUCCAGACCAUACAAGCUUGCAACAUCCCGAUUCCUGAGAUGGUCAAAAGAGGCCGUUUUUGGUACGAAGUCUCUAUCAUAAGUCCUGCAAUUGAGACCAUUCUCAAAGAGAACGCCAAUCUUGAAAUCGGAGAGCGGACCAGUGACUGGCGCGGUGUUGAUCUUUUUGGGAACGACGCAGCCCCUCUCAGUGCUAUCUCUACAAACGACGACGACGCAUCUACCGAUCGUAAGCCUCUUCCAAGCUCGGUCGCAACCGCCAUUGGCAACUCCGGUGUGGGAGAUCUCCUUCGCCUUGCGACAAUGGUCGUGGAGAGGAUUGACUCCAUCGGAUACCUUAAUCAGGGCCCAGGUGUCGAAGCUGCACGAAAUGCCGCCGCCGCCGCUACAACAACAGAUUCUCUCUUACAGGCAGGAGGAUCUGUUCUCGGAAAGUUUAACUUCUUGCCCGCAGGAAUCGCCUCGAAGGGGCCGAAGGGGCUGGAUCAUGUUGAAAUUGAGACUGUCAAGGACAUGGAAAGUGCUAGCCAGAUCGGCUCGAAAAUGCCCACUGCCAGUGUUGCAGCUCCAGUCAAAAUGCUCGAGCAGCCGAUGGCUUAUUGGUGA